GUAUUUGCAUGGCGGGCCACUUCUCCGCCACCCGGAACGACGAGCGCAUUUGCGAUGAGUGCCCAAGCGGCCGCUACAAACCGAACUUGGGCGAUGAACCCUGUGGCCUCAACUGUCCGGCGAAUUCAGACAGCUUGCCUGGAGCCACAUCCUUGGAGGACUGCUUCUGCCGGGCUGGCUACCACGCCAUCGAGAUUUCCAACUCGAGUCUGCUAGAGAUGUGCCUGGCGUGCAACUACCGAGGGCUGUCAUGUUCGGGUGGCCGCGAGAACGUAACGGCGAACGAGACGCGGAAUGCACAACCUGUUUCCUUGCCCGGUUACUACCAAACUGGGAACGUCGUCGCGGUGGCGUGCGAUGUGAACAUGGCGGAUGGCUUGUCGGCGUGCAGAGGAGGAAACAUCUGCGCGCAAGGCUCUACCGGUCUUCUCUGCGGGGAAUGCCCGCAUGGCUACGCUCGGGAUCA